AUGAGUGUAUGGAUAGUAUUUGCAGCCGUGAUUCUUCUCGCCCUUAUCUUCCGCAAUCGGCACCGUUUCCAGGAUGUCCAACACGUAUGGAAUCGAUUACAAAUUAGGCGCCGUGUCUUAAAAUACAUGCAGACUAACUACACCAUUCUGGAUCGGUUUUUAGACUCCGUGAAGGCGCAUCCGCACAAGCCAUUCAUCCUUUUUGAAGAUGACAUUUUUACCUACCAGGACGUGGAUGAGCUCAGUAACAAAGCUGCACGAGUUUUCCUCCAGAGUGGACUCGUUAAAUAUGGGGACACUGUUGCGCUGUUCCUCAGAAAUGAGCCGAUGUUUCUGUGUCUGUGGUUGGGUUUGGUAAAGAUCGGAUGUUCUGCCGCUUUUCUCAACUUCAACAUUAGAUCCAAGUCCCUGUUACACUGCUUCAACUGCAGCGGAGCCAAGACUCUGGUCGCAGGCUGAAGGUGAGAGUUACAGGAUGCUGUGGAUGAGGUCCUGCCCAGUCUGGUAGAGCAGCAGGUCACUGUUUUCAUCCUGGCUGACAGAUGCAAAAAUGCAGAUGUGGAGAGUUUCAAAGAUAAAAUGAGCCAGGCCUCCUCUGAGCCUCUAUCCAAAGAUUUAAGGUCACAUUUAACCUUGCAGGCUCCAGCAGCCUACAUAUACACAUCUGGGACAACAGGUUUCCCUAAAGCAGCAUUGAUCUCUCAUUCCAAACUGUGGAACAUGGCUUACCUCAUGUCUGUAGCAGGAGUGAACUCUGAAGACGUGAUUUUUAUUAGCCUCCCUCUCUAUCACAUAUCCGGCUUCUUGGCUUUCGCUGCAGCCAUUGAGAGAGGUAUUACAGUGGCGUUGAAGAGAAAGUUUUCUGCAUCUCAGUUCUGGGACGACUGCAGAAAAUAUAACGUCACCGUCAUACAGUACAUCGGUGAAAUUAUGCGCUACCUGUGCAACACACCAAAGAAACUCAAUGAUCGGAGCCAUAAAGUGAGACUUGCGAUUGGCAACGGGAUGAGAGACGAUGUUUGGAGGGACUUCUUAAGCAGGUUUGGAAACAUUCAAAUCAGAGAGGUUUAUGCAGCAACUGAAGGAAACUUUUCUCUGAUGAAUUACAGCGGCAAGAUUGGGGCUGUUGGCAAAGACACCUUCCUCCAUAGGAGAUUUUUUCCACAUGCUUUGAUAAAAUUUGACAUAGAUACAGGAACACCUUUGAGGGAUUCUUCUGGUUUCUACAUAAAGGCUGCAAAAGGUGAGUCUGGACUUCUGGUAACUGAAAUAUCAAUGAGGGCUCCGUUCUCUGGUUAUGUGAGAGACCUGCAGCAAACUGAGAAGAAGAGGCUGCAUGACGUCCUCAAGAAAGGAGACUUGUACUUCAACACUGGUGACCUACUGCGCAUUGAUGAAGAUAAUUUCAUCUUCUUUCAAGAUCGAGUCGGAGACACUUUCAGGUGGAAAGGAGAGAACGUGGCUACAACUGAGGUGGCUGACGUCAUCACGAUGGUUGAUUGCAUUAGAGAAGCCAACGUGUAUGGAGUCAAAGUGCCAGGUCAGGAGGGGAGAGCUGGAAUGGCUGCCGUUACUUUAAGUGAAGGACAGAGAUUUCACUCCGCUGGUGUUUUCAAACAUGUUGAAAAGUUCCUGCCGACAUAUGCAAGGCCACGUUUCAUGAGGAUUCAGAGCUCCUUGGAUGUUACAGCCACGUACAAGCAUAUGAAGGUGAAGCUGGUGGAGGAGGGUUUCAACCCAAAUAAUAUGUCCGACCCGCUCUACUUCCUGGAUGAAAAAGACAAGAAUUACGUCCCGCUUACUGAGGACAUAUUCAACUCAGUAGUAUCAGGUGAGAUUAAAAUGUAA